AUGAAUUUCUUACAGUCAUUAACCAUUGCACUGUUGUGCGUAACGGUGUGUAAUGGCUCGCCAAUUUUGGAAAAAUUAUUCAACAAAAAGAAGGGCGGCGGCGGAGACCAAGGCCCCAAAGUAGUUAUUGUCGGACAACCCCUUACCUUGGCAAAAUUACCGCCAGCAAAAGUGAAGGUUGGCGAUCCAAUGGCUGGAAAACCAAUUCGUACUGUUCAAAUUCAAGAAAAGAUUCCCAUGAUCCGUAAAGUUACGAUUACGCAAGAAGUGCCUGUGCAAAAGACCAUUCUUGUCAAGAAACUCGUGACAGUCAAUGAGCCACGUACUGUCGUCAAGGAUUACGUUACCUACGUUAAUGGAAAAUCUACUCAACCACGUGUCAUUGAGGGAACUCUUGCCGAAGGACAUGCCGUUGGCGGAUCUCAAUCCCAUGGAGCUGGAAAUGCUGGACAACCAAUCGUCGUUAACCUUGCACAAGCUCAAGCUCAGGCUCAAGCCCAAUCUGGAGCUGGAGGUCAUGGCGGAAAUGGCGGACCAAUUGUUGUUAAUCUUUCGGAAGUUGCUGCCAAAGCUCAAGCUCAAUCUCAAGGCGGAUCAGGAGGCGGCGCUGGACAACCAAUUGUCAUUCCUUUGGGAGGCGCAGGAGCUGGAUCUGGAGCAAGUGCAAGUGCUGGAGCAUCGUCUGGAGGCGCACAAGUUACCGGAGGACAAAAUGGAGAACCUUACGUCAUUAGAUUGCCCGGAGGAGGAUCUGGCGCUUCAGCAGGAGCUUCAGCUGGCGGAGCAGGCGGUCGUAAAACAAUCAUUAUCCCAAUCCCCAAAAAGGAACCUGAAUUGCCUCCUCUAGUUAUCCCAAUUCCAUAUUCAUCGGGAUCGAAAACUCCUCAAUAUCAACCAAUCUACAUUCCAUACAAAGGAAAACAAGACGAAUCUCCAAUCGUUGUUCCUCUUCCAGCUCCAACACCCAAACCUGGUCCGCCUCCAGUUUAUCCAGUUAAUGUUGGUCCUCCACAAAAAGACGAACCUCCAUUGGUUAUUCCAUUGCCUCCAUCUGGCGGCCCUCAACAACCAACUCCUGUUUAUCCCGUUUCUGUUGAAGCUAAGAAACCCGAUCCUACGCCAUUAGUUAUUCCUUUACCACCUUCUGGAGGUCCUCCUCAACCACCAUCUGUUUACCCAGUUACUGUCAAAGACCCGAACGCAAAUCAAGCGCCACUCGUUGUACCAUUGCCCGCUCCAAAACCACAAUCUCCUUCAGUUUAUCCAGUAACUGUUAAAGAUCCAAAUGCGAACCAAUCGCCUCUUAUUGUUCCAUUGCCAUCACAAAAAGCUCAAGGCCCAUCAGUUUAUCCAGUUACUGUUAGAGAUCCAAAUGCUAACCAAUCGCCUCUUGUUGUACCAUUGCCUUCACAACAAGCUCAAGGCCCAUCCGUUUAUCCAGUUACUGUCAAAGAUCCAAAUGCCAACCAAUCACCUCUUGUUGUUCCUUUGCCAGCUCAACAAGCUCAAGGACCUUCCGUAUAUCCCGUGACAAUUCGAGGUCAAAACCAAAAUCAAUCGCCUCUUAUUGUGCCAUUGCCUGCACAACAAGCUCAAGGCCCAUCAGUUUACCCAGUCACAAUUAGAGAUCAAAACCAAAAUCAAUCUCCUCUUAUUGUGCCUUUACCAUCACAACAAGCUCAAGGCCCAUCAGUUUAUCCUGUCACAGUUAGAGACCAAAAUCAAAAUCAAUCGCCUCUAAUUGUGCCAUUGCCAUCUCAACAAGCUCAAGGACCUUCCGUAUAUCCCGUUACAAUCCAAGGUCAAAAUCAAAACCAAUCGCCUCUUAUUGUGCCUUUACCAUCACAACAAGCACAAGGCCCAUCAGUUUACCCUGUCACAAUUAGAGAUCAAAACCAAAAUCAAUCGCCUCUAAUUGUGCCAUUGCCAUCGCAACAAGCUCAAAGCCCUUCGGUCUAUCCAGUCACUGUGAGAGAUCAAAAUCAAAAUCAAUCUCCUCUUAUUGUGACAUUGCCUGGUCAAAGACCACAAGCCCCUCAAGUUUAUCCUGUUACAGUUAGAGAUCAAAACCAAAACCAAUCGCCAUUGAUUGUACCAAUUCAAUCUAAUCAAGGACCACAAACUCCACAAGUUUAUCCAGUUUCGAUAAAUCAAGGACAACGUGAACAAGGACCUUUAGUUGUUCCUCUUCCAUCUAAUCAAGGACAACAAUCCCCAAGCGUUUAUCCAGUUACGAUUAGAGAUCAAAACCAAAACCAAUCGCCGCUCAUUGUUCCUCUUCCACAAAGAGGCGGACAACAAUCUCCAAGUGUUUAUCCCGUAACAAUUCAAGAUCAAAACCAAAAUCAAUCGCCGCUUGUUGUUCCUUUGCCAUCUCGAGGAGGACAACAGUCUCCAAGCGUUUAUCCAGUAUCGAUUAGAGAUCAAAACCAAAAUCAAUCGCCGCUUGUUGUUCCUUUGCCCUCUCGAGGAGGACAACAGUCUCCAAGCGUUUAUCCAGUAUCGAUUAGAGAUCAGAACCAAAAUCAAUCUCCAUUAAUUGUUCCGCUCCCACAAAGAGGAGGUCAACAAUCUCCAAAUGUUUAUCCAGUGACGAUUCAAGAUCAAAACCAAAACCAAUCGCCGCUUGUUGUUCCUUUGCCUUCUCGAGGAGGACAACAAUCUCCAAGCGUUUAUCCAGUAUCGAUUAGAGAUCAAAACCAAAAUCAAUCUCCAUUAGUUGUUCCUCUUCCACAAAGAGGCGGACAACAAUCAGCAAGCGUUUACCCAGUAACAAUUCAAGAUCAAAACCGAAACCAAUCGCCAUUAGUUGUUCCUCUUCCACAAAGAGGCGGACAACAAUCAGCAAGCGUUUAUCCAGUGACAAUUCAAGAUCAAAACCAAAAUCAAUCCCCAUUAGUUGUUCCCCUUCCAUCUCGAGGAGGUCAACAAUCUGCGAGCGUAUAUCCAGUAUCAAUUAAGGAUCAAAACCAAAACCAAUCUCCAUUGAUCGUUCCUUUGCCAUCUCGCGGAGGUCAACAAUCUGCAAGCGUAUAUCCAGUUUCAAUUCAAGAUCAAAACAGAAACCAAUCGCCAUUAGUUGUUCCUCUUCCACAAAGAGGCGGUCAACAAUCUGCAAGCGUAUAUCCAGUUUCAAUUCAAGAUCAAAACAGAAACCAAUCGCCAUUAGUUGUUCCUCUUCCACAAAGAGGCGGUCAACAAUCUGCUAGCGUAUAUCCAGUUUCAAUUCAAGAUCAAAACCAAAACCAAUCGCCGCUUGUUGUUCCUCUUCCACAAAGAGGCGGUCAACAAUCAGCAAGCGUUUAUCCAGUAUCAGUACAAGGUCAGAAUCAAAACCAAUCUCCAUUAAUUGUUCCUUUGCCAUCACGCGGAGGUCAACAAUCUCCAAGCGUUUAUCCCGUAUCAGUACAAGGUCAAAAUCAAAACCAAUCGCCAUUAGUUGUCCCACUUCCGUCAAGUGGUAGACAGCAAAAAACCGAAGUUUAUCCCGUUAACGUUCAAAAUCAAGGACAAAAUCAACAACAGGGACCAUUAAUUGUUCCAUUACCUUCUUCAAAUCAAGGACAACAAAGACCAAACGUUUAUCCAGUUCAAGUAGAUCCUCGUAACAACCAAAACCAAUCGCCAUUGAUUGUUCCUCUUCCUUCUAACGGAGGUCAACAAUCGCCAAGCGUUUAUCCCGUAUCCGUUCAAGGUCAGAAUCAAAACCAAUCGCCAUUAAUUGUCCCACUUCCUUCAAGUGGUAAACAACAAAAAACUGAAGUUUAUCCCGUAUCAGUGAACCAAGGGCAAAACCAAAAUCAAUCUCCUUUAAUUGUUCCUCUGCCAUCUAGCGGAGGCCAACAAAAGCCUAAUGUAUAUCCUGUUAGCGUUCAAAAUCAAGGCGACAAUGGCAAUAAAGGACCCCUUAUUGUUCCCUUACCUAAUUCACAAGGGCAACAAAAAACAAACGUCUACCCGGUAUCAGUUCAAGGUCAGAAUCAAAACCAAUCUCCGUUAAUUGUUCCCCUUCCCUCGUCAGGAGGGCAAGCACAAUCGCAAGUCUUCCCUGUGUCAGUUAAUGAAGGUUCAAACAAGAAUCAAGGUCCCCUAAUUGUUCCAUUGCCAAGCAAACAAGGCUCCGGCAAUCAAGUUUAUCCCGUUAACGUUCAAGAUUAUAACCAACACUCUCGAGCACCAUUAUUCAUUCCUCUUCCACAACAAGGAGGACAUGCACAAUCUCAAGUUUAUCCCGUUUCACUGAAUCAGGGUCAUAACCAUCAGGGAGGUCCAAUUGUGAUUCCCUUCAGCUCGCACGAGCAUCAAAGACCCAAUGUCUAUCCAGUGAACUUCCAAGGUCAAAACCAACAAAACACACCGUUAAUUGUUCCUCUUCCCAGCUCAGGAUCGGGUCGUGAUCAAAACCUGAUUGUUCCUAUUGGUUCAAGCCAACACAAAGAAAAAAGUCCUCUCGUUGUACCAAUCCCCUCGAGUAACAAAGGAUCCUCUCAUGUUGUCUUCCCAGUGUCGACUGGCAAACAACAUCAACACAAAGACACACCAUUAGUCGUUCCAAUUCCGAGCUCACAAAGUCAAGGCUCUACUACCGUUAAAGUAAUUCCCGUUGGUUCAUCGUCCCACAAAGAAAAGACUCCGUUAGUUGUUCCCUUGCCGUCGGAUAAACCGACAAAAACUGUAGUUUUUCCCGUUUCCACGGAGAAAAAAAGCUCCGAUGAGACUCCGUUAGUUGUUCCGCUUCCAGCGAAAAUUCAUGCGUCAAAAAAUUCGCAUGUUCUUCCCAUUGACUUGACGAAAGAUAAAGGAGGUCACCAACAACAAACCCCAUUGGUUGUCCCAAUCACUACAGGAUCUUCGUCUUCAUCCUCCUCUUCAAGCCAAAACUCAGGAUUCAAUGUUAACAUUAUCCCCGCCCUUUUGACAGCUACCAACCAACAAAGUACUCGUUUGCAACCCGUUUCCGGCGGAUCAUCCUCUUACAGCAGCGGAUCUUCGUCAUCUUACAGCGGAAGCUCUUCAGGAAGCGACAACAACUUGAUCCCAUUGGUUAUCUCAGCAACUUUGAACCAACAUUCCCACAAAUUUGGCAGCUCUGGAUCUUCUUCGUCUUCUCAUGGCAGCAGCAGCAGCAACUUCAACUCUCACACACAAGCCAUCCUCCCAGUUGUCUUGUCACAAACUCAAGGAAAUUCCCACGGAAGUCACUCUAGCAGUGGUUCAAGCUCAGGAUCAAGCAACAGCGUCAUUCCCGUCGUUGUUUCUGCAUUGAAUCAACAACAAGGAAGCAGCGGUAGCUCUCACGGAAGCUUCUCAAGCUCCAGCUCUGGAUCAAGCAAUAGUGUUGUUCCCGUUGUCGUUUCCGCUUUGAGCCAACAACAAGGAGGAAGCAGCCAUGGAAGCUCGUCGUCAUACAGCAAGAGUCAAGUUGACAACGCUUUUGAAUUCUCGCGCCCCCAAAAGUCACGUGAACUCACCUCGUUCACCGUCAAAUCACAGCAAAGCCAAAGUAGUUAUCAUCCACAAAGUCCCACAGGUGGUCCAUACGCCUAA